CCUGUCAGUGUCCAUCAGUGCCAGCAUCAGUGCCGACUAUCAGUGCCAGUCAGUGUUGCCUAUCAAUGUCCAUCAGUGCAGCCUAUCAAUGUCCAUCACUGCAGCCUCAUUAGCGCACAUCAGUAAAGGAGAAAAAAAUACUAAUUUACAAAAUUGUAUAACAAAAACUAAGAAAAAAAUUUUUUUUUUUCAACAUUUUCAGUGGUUUUUGGUUUGUUUUAGCAAAAAAUAAAAAUCCCCGAGGUGAAUAA